UCAAAAAAAAACGUACAAAAAAUACCGUAAUUGCUAAAGUUAACAUUGAAGAGAGUGAAAAAUGUGGAGCUCAAGCCAUUGAAAUGAUAUUGAACAAUAAUUUAACCAGCGCAAUCAACUGUUUAACUAAAGCUAUGUCCCUAAAUCCAUCAGACUAUCGUCAUUACUUGAAUCGAAGCUAUUGCUAUUUGAGAGUUGAAAAACCGUCCUAUGCUCUCAGUGAUGCCCAAACUGUGAUUCAAAGCACUAAAAAUUUGGGCUUCUUAUUCAUGGCAAAUUUACGUGCAGGACAAUCAGAACACAUAUUGAAGAAAUAUCCGCAAUCUGAGACAUUCUUAAGAGAAGCUCUCAGUAUCUAUCCGGAUAGUCCGCACGCACAAAGGGAACUUUUACGCGUUCAAAUUGCGCGUAUUAUGGAGCACGAUCAUCCGGAAAAGCAUGCUAUAUUUGCUCUUGAAAAAUUUAAUUCCACAGCGGAUGCAAUUAAAUAUUUAAAGGACAAUUACAUUCCCAAAGGUAACGACAGUGAACCUGAGACAUUUUUAUUUGAUAGUGAGUACGACAAUCAAGUAAUUGACGAGUCCAAUAUGGAAAACAGCUAUGCCGAGGCUUUGAAUAGAUUGAUGACAGUUAGGCCUGAAACAAAGUUACGUCACGUCGCUCAACCAUUUCUUUCAUGGUUGCGACCAUCUUCGUCCGGAUCGGACAAGUCAAAAACUUCUUCAAACACGUCAUUGUACGGCAAAAAUGUGCAGGUAACCCAGAAUGCAGUGUGGGUUGGAAAUUUGACUGAACAAAUUACGGAACAAAUGAUUAAAAAAGCCUUCAGAUCGUAUGGUCCGGUCUUGUCUGUUCAUCGCCCAGAAGGAAAAGCAUUCGGUUUCGUUAACUUUGAAAAAACAGAGGAUGCAACUAAAUUGUUAAAAAAUACAGGUAGCGUUAAUAUUAACGGUAUCGAGUGUUUAUUGCGCGCUGCCAUCCGAAAAGAUUGAAGGAAUUAAAUUUACAUUUUAAAUAUAUAACUUAAUAUGCGCUUCUUUAAAUAUAUUUUAAUAACUACUUAUAAAUCAUCAAUGUUCUCAAUCUUCUAGCUUAUACGAUUUAUAACAUUGAGAGUUGAACGUUCACUUUUUAUUUAUUUGGUAUAAGUUGGUAUUUUUAAGUAUCUUAAGUAUCACACGUGAUCUCAUGUUUAAAAAAAUAUGAUUCAUAUUGGGUGUUAUUCAAGUACAUUUUUCUUAUGAUUUCAGCCUGUUUGGCUAAAUUAAUGAUACAAUGCUUUCAAAAUAAAAAAUUGCAUAUUGGUUUGAUAUUGCCGUGCAUACAUCUAUUGUUAGAUUAGAUGUAUUAAAAUAAUUAACAUAUACUUUGCUUCUAUCAUAAAGUAAAACAAUUUAAUCUUAGAUUAAAA